AUGGAAGACCUCAAAGACCGAAUUAAGGCCUUUGCCUCAAUGACGCAUGGGCCGGAAGUAAUGGGUUCCGGGGGCGGUUUUGCCGGGAUGUUCGAACUCUCCGGAUACAGGGCCCCGGUAUUGGUAGCCAGCGCCGACGGCGUGGGUACCAAGCUGAAAAUUGCCGCUCAACUGGGACACUUCGAGUCCAUCGGCCAGGACUUGGUCACCCUAAAUGUUAACGACAUUUUGACUAAAGGCGCCAAGCCAAUCUUCUUUCUUGACUACGUCUCUUUCAGCACACUUGACCAGCAUCGCAUGGAAACCUUGCUUCGAGGCAUUACCUGGGGCUGCCGAGAGGUCGGCUGUGCCCUGAUCGGCGGGGAAACGGCCCAGAUGCCCGGACUCUACUCUGAUGAAGACUUUGACCUGGCUGGAUUCCUGGUAGGCGUGGCGGAAAAGGACGGAAUAUUGGAUAGCAGCACCAUAGUUCCGGGCGACUGCCUGGUGGGAAUACCUUCCAGCGGGCUUCAUACCAAUGGCUUUUCACUGGUACGGCAUGUCUUCAACAGUGACGAAGACCCCUCGGUGCUAUUCCGGCAAUUCGGAGACCUUAACCGUCGCCUGGGCGAAGAAUUGCUCACGAGGCAUCGUUGCUACUAUCCGGAGCUUCAACCGGCCCUGGGGUCAAUGAAAGGACUGGCACACAUCACUGGGGGAGGGUUACCCGGCAAGGUGCCCUCGAUUCUGCCAAACAAUGUAGCCGCCAAGUUCCAAAGAGGGUCCUGGACAGUCCCUCCCAUAUUUUCCUUGAUCCAGUCGGAGGGCCAGAUCUCAGAGGAUGAAAUGCUUCGAGUCUUCAAUAUGGGCCUCGGAAUGGUGGCAGUUUGCCGGGAAGACGAGGUGGACAAGAUAAGGGAAACGUCCCCGGACGCAGUUGUGGUGGGCCAAGUAGUGGCGCGCAACGGCCACGAACAGAAUAGUCAUGCCACAGCAGGCUACCAAAGGAAUGGCUCGGUGAAAGCAUUAGUUAGCGUUUUUGACAAGACCGGAAUAGUUGAAUUUGGUCAGAAAUUGGUUGAGUCAGGGUUCGAACUUAUCAGUACCGGAGGUACCCACCGCACUUUAUCUGAAGAGGGCGGAUUGCCGGUGCAGCAGGUGUCAGACGUCACCGGAUCGCCAGAGAUCCUGGACGGGCGGGUAAAGACCUUGCACCCGGUCAUUCACGGUGGCAUUCUGGCGCGCCGCGACUUGCCAGCCCAUAUCAGUGAAUUAGAGACGUACGGCAUUGGCACUAUUGACCUGGUGGUUGGAAAUCUUUAUCCCUUUGCCGAAACCAUAAGCAAUCCCGCCGUUACGAUGGACGAUGCCCUGGAGAACAUCGACAUCGGCGGGCCCACCAUGCUAAGGGCCGCAGCCAAGAACUUCCCAUCGGUAGCUGUGGUGGUUGAUCCGGAUGAUUAUGGGUGGGUGGCCGACCGGCUAGCCGGUGAGGGUCUUACCGAAGGUGAACGAAGAGGGCUGGCGGCGAAAGCCUUCCAACACGUGGCCCGGUACGACUUUACGGUAGCCGGUUACCUGACGGAGGAAUCGUCGGCAACAGAGUCCUUGCCCGAGAAUCUCGACCUGACGUUCAGACAGGUGGCAACUCUCCGCUAUGGAGAGAAUCCCCAUCAACAGGGCGCCCUGUAUGUACCGACAGCCGGCCAAAGUGGUGGCAUUGCCGGAGCACAACAGUUGCACGGACGGGAACUGUCCUACAACAACCUGAUGGAUGCAGACGCCGCGUGGAGAACGGUUAACGACUUCGCUGAGCCGGCCGCCGCAGUCAUCAAACAUGCCAACGCCUGCGGGCUUUCCAGUCACGAAGACCUGGCCCAGGCAUACCUUCAGGCCUACGAUGGAGACACUGUUUCGGCCUUUGGCGGCAUCGUGGGUUUCAACCGUACGGUCACCGCCGCCGCCGCCGAAGCAAUGCAUCCCGUGUUCUAUGAAGUAGUGGUGGCCCCGGGCUACGAGCCUGCAGCAUUAGAAAUCCUGCAAAGAAAACGAAACCUGCGCGUACUGGCAGUUAAUUCUGGCGGGGCGGAACUGGGGGGCAUUUCGCUGGACAUUCGCCCCAUCACUGGUGGAGUCUUGAUACAAACUCCAGACUCAAUCGCAGAAAGUCCGGCCAAUUGGAAGACAGCCACCGAGAAGGUUCCUACCGAGACAGAGAUGGAUGACCUGGCCUUUGCGUGGAUUGCCUGCAAACACAUUAAGUCCAACGCCAUCGUCUUCGCCAGGAACCGUACAUUGAUGGGUAUGGGAGCCGGGCAGCCCAAUCGGGUAGUCAGCGUCCACUUGUCCCAGCGCAUAGCCGGCGAAAAGGCCCAGGGCUGCGUCCUUGCUUCUGACGCCUUUUUCCCAUUUCCGGACAACAUUGAACUUGCAGCAGAAGCGGGGGUAACCGCUAUCAUCCAGCCGGGCGGCUCAAUUAGGGAUGACGAAGUCAUUGAAGCUGCCAACAACCACGGCAUUGCCAUGGUCUUUACCGGUGUCCGCCACUUCCGCCACUGA